AUGGAAGUCGAGAGACGUCGAUGGAAGAAAGACGCAGCAGCAGCAGAGAAGACGCAGAAGCAGAACGAGAGGAAGAGAGAGGCCGAAGGAGCAGCUAGACCAUCGCUGGUGCUCGCUCUCUUGCUCGUGGGCGUCGCUGCUGGGUUUCUUUUUUCUUGUUUUCUUAUAGAUAUUCGCCUUGAGAGAAGAGCUGGCGACGGAGGAGACGACGAGGACGAGGACGAGGACGACGGUGAUGAUUAUGAUGAUAAAGACAGCCGGCAGGGCCAGCAACGUCGAGAAGAACGGAAAAAGCAAAAAAUAAGACAGAGAGAAGCAAAGAUGCGCAGGUUGCUAGAAGGUUCUUCUUAA